GUGUUCGGUAGCUGUUCGGUAGGUCAGACUGGUCAGACCUGACAUUCAAAGAGAAUACAAAUAGUGACAUUAGGGACAAGUGAAGUUUACAAAAUGGUUUAUAUGAUUUAGUGAUACGAUACUUUUAUAUUUCGUAUUCUCAGAAAUUCGCUAUUAGUGUAAGCUAUUUCGUAGAUACAAUGGUUCCGGCACAAAAUAAUCUAAUGAGAAAUGGUCACAUAUUACCUGUGCUGUUAUGUGCUAUAGCCAUCCCGUUAUCAAUGUCUAUGUGGACCAUCAAUCUAAUAUAUUCAAAAUACCUCGCAGAGAACCAAGGUUUCGAUGAGCCACUAGUUAUAUCGCCUACAAGAUGGAUGAUGUCAUGCUUCAUACCACUGGUUAUAGCUGUUUAUGGUAUAAGAAAAAGAAGUAUAAAUUUCAGUGGUGCAAUAUUUGGAUUUGUUGUGGCAUUCAUACUGACGCUCAGCAACUACAGUUUCUUGGCGGCAUUAUUUGUAUUUUUCGUGACAUCUUCCAAAGCAACUAAGUUACGGUCUCAUCUGAAAAGGAAAUUUGAAGCAGAUUAUCAGGAAGGUGGCCAAAGGAAUUGGGUGCAAGUAUUGUGCAACGGCGGCAUGGCUGCACAGCUAGCAUUGUUAUACCUGCUGGAUGUCGGCUCGUCUGAAAGACCCAUAGACUUCGUGAAAGAUUACAGGGCGUCGUGGCUAACAAUAGGAGUAUUAGGUGUGUUUUCCUGCUGCAAUGGCGACACAUGGGCAUCUGAACUGGGCACGGUUUUAACUAACACCGAUCCAUUUUUAAUAACGUCUUGGAAGAAAGUGCCAAAAGGCACCAAUGGAGGAGUCAGCGCUAUGGGAACGGUAUUCAGUUGUUCCGGCGGACUUGUUAUUGGCGUGGCUCAAUACGUAACAAUUUGGUACUUUUCGGACGCAGCACGAUGGGAUUAUGCGCCGCCCCAAUGGCCAAUAAUAUUUUUCGGCGCUUGGUCUGGUCUGCUGGGUAGUAUAAUUGAUUCGUUGAUGGGUGCGACGUUGCAAUAUUCGGGUAUAAACCGAGAGGGUAAAAUCGUGAAUCAUCCUAGUCAAUCAGUAAAGCACAUAUCUGGAAGGAACAUAUUGGACAAUCAUAGUGUGAAUCUCAUAUCAACAGUUAUCAUGGGACUUAUGAUGCCUACUCUAAGCAAGACAAUAUGGCAUUUGUUUUAAUCUAAGCGGUACUGUAAUUAAAUCACUGCAAAAUAUUGCUCUAGUCAAAGAUUGGGGCUUAUUAUUGAACUUAAUAAUGUAAUGUAGUCAUAUUCAACAGAUGAUAUCGAUUAUUCUGGUCAACAUGUUUGAUAUCGAAUACGUGACGAUGUUAAGUAAAUAUCGUAAUUAUAAAAAGGCCAAAUAACUUAUAUUGGAUUUAU